GUCUUGUUCUAGUAGAGAAAUUCACCAAAGGUAGGCCAAAAAUAGACUAUCUACGGAGAGAAUUCCAAAUCAUUGGCUUUAAAGGUAAUUUUUCAAUUGGGUUGAUUGAUUAUCGAUACAUCCUCAUAUACUUUGAUCUAGAAGAGGAUUUUCAUCCAUGUUGGCUUAAAGGACUCUGGACCUUUGACAAGCAUCAGAUGUGUGUUAAAAUGGAUCACAGACUUUAAUCUGGCACACAAAUUCCAUUAUUCCAGUUUGGGUCUCUUUCAAAGGUCUCUCCAUUCAUCACUUCAAUAAGGAUUACUUGUGGAAACUUGCUAGCAUCAUUGGAACUCCACUUCAAAUCGAUGUUCCAACUCUUAAUAUGUCGCGCCCUUCGGUAACUCGAGUUUGCGUAGAGAUCGAUCUCCUCAAAAAGCAUCCCGUUUGAGUUAGAUUGGGAGUUGAAGAAAAGUCUUAUUUUCAUCCAAUCUACUAUGAGAACAUGCCACAAUACUGUGUUGAUUGUAAAAAACUUGGUUAUGAUCAUCAAUCCUGUCGACAAAAUCAUAAAGUAUCAUCAUCACAAAGGCCAGAAUCACAUACUUUAAAGCCUCAUUCAAAACAAGCACCAUUGCCAAACCACCCCCCUUCUUCUAUUAUUAUUCAGACUCCAUUGCCACAAGCCACUGUUGCUGAUGGUGAUUCGCCGUUUGUCCACACGAAUUCCCCGGAGAAGCAAAAUGCUGAAGCUGGUUCUGGUUUGCGGCCGGCCACUUCUGUUCCGCCACUUCUGGAAGAUCUUCAAAUCAUCUUUGCGGACAUCACAGCCCAAAUAGAAUCCCAUAGAGAAGAAACAUCACGGCCGACAAUUGAAGACCGGCAGCAGUCGCCGUGGAUGGAGGAAAAUCAAAGAAUUCGGCAAAUCCCUCCUAAUUCCAAACUCAGUUGCGCAUCAGUUGCGCACGUUAUUGCGGCUAUUGCGGCUAACGCGAUAUCAGCGGAGGAAAAUCAGAUAUCUCAAUCUGAUCAGCAUAUCUCGAUUUUGAAUGAGGAGAAGUCUAAGUCAAACUCACCUUCACAGCAAAUUUCUCCCUCAAGUUUAGAAAAAGAAUAUUCUUUCCUAAAUGUCUCUAGUAAUAACUCCGGUCACAAGUUCAAUCCCGAAGUUCCAGAAUUUACUAGCUCUCCUCAGCCAAAAAUUCUCCUUCUAUAG